CUAAUAGUAAUAGCACAGACUGCAGUACAGUUGUCCCGGUUUUUAAGUCUCAGCACCUACACUUCUCUUUGACCAUGUCUACACUUGAACAAGCCAGCGCCAGCCCUAUGCCAGACGGCAUUACCGAUCCUAACUUCCGUCCUUUGCCAGGGCGGGUUGGAAACCUCACCGUCCCGCAGCAACAUGCUCUCCAGACCUUGAAGAAUCAGCUCCAUGACGAGGGCCAUUUCGUCCAAGAGAGAAUGGAUGAUCCAAUGCUGCUACGGUAUGUCCUGCUCCGCAAUCCAGGAGAAUUUACAUUGUCUAUCGAUGCGUUCUAUGUAUCGCGGACCCGCGAUUCAUGUCCGAUUGGUCGUGCGCCGUGUGUUGACCCAGCCUGCAGAUUUCUGAGGGCGCGCAAAUUUGAUGUCCCGAAAGCAAAGGCGAUGUUGCUGGCUGCUGAGCAAUGGAGACGGGAUAUGAAGGUCGAUGAAAUCGUCAGUGACUUUGAGUUCACCGAGAAAGAGCAGGUCGAUCAAUACUAUCCUCAGUACUACCAUAAAAUGGACAAGGAUGGCAGGCCGUUAUACAUCGAGCGACUAGGCAAGCUCAAUGUCCAGGCGCUCUACGGUAUUACGUCAAAGGAACGGUUGCUCAAACGUCUCAUCCUCGAGUAUGAGAGAUUCCUCACAGAACGCCUCCCAGCAUGCUCUGCAGCUAUCGGUCACCCCGUCGAGACGGUCUGCACCAUCCUCGAUCUGAAAGGCGUUUCCCUCUCUGCUUUUUACCAAGUCAAAGAAUACGUGAACGAUGCUUCAAAGAUCGGACAAGACCGAUAUCCGGAAUGCAUGGGCAAAUUUUACAUCAUUAAUGCGCCGUGGGGUUUCUCCGCCAUAGAGAUUCUUGGGAGUUCAUACCAGCAGAAGUUGUUGCAGGACAUCCGGGCAGAGGACCUUCCUGCGGAUCUGGGUGGCAAGUGCCACUGUGCGGGCGGGUGCUCGUUGAGUGACGCAGGACCAUGGAACUCGGAUCAGAAGACCGGGAAUGGUGUUGCUUAG